ACAAACUGCAAAGUCACGCCCUGUCAGUACUCAGUGGACAUUAAUUCAUCGACGCAAUAGGACAUACAUUUGAGUGAUUCGACAUUCGACACGACUGCUAAGUGUGUUUGGAAAUAUUACAGUUUGCUGCUCUUAAAUCGAAAGCGUGUUGAAAAGAUACAAUCCAAAGAUGACUUUAGUGGUGACAACUACACAAGCUUUAUUCCUUAUCAGCUUAAUCAGUGUGGUGUAUGGUGGCAAAUGUACUGAUGAUAAAUGUGAGAAAGUUUGUUAUAAAACAUGUGAUGGAUUGGACUGUGGCAAUUCAAAGGAGUGUGUACAAUUAUGUAUUGGCAGGUCAUGCUCCUCUUUUAAGUGUGACACGGACAGUUGCACUCAAAGUUGUAUGAAUUGCACCAGUAAGAUGGUCUGCAACUCAAAAAACUGUCUACAAACCUGCAAAGGAAGUUCCUGUGAAAUGGAAUGUGGUCCCAAAACUAAAGUUUGUAAACAGGUUUGUCAAACAAAUUCAACUUGUAAACUAACCUGUGAUAAAGCAAAAUCAAAAUGUGAGAAUACAUGUGAGGGUGCUGAAUGUACUGGUUUGGAAAAGGAACCAAAACAAGUUAGCAGUUGUGAUGAAAGUACUAAGAAUUGUACAAGAAGCUGCACAGGAAACUGUAAAGGAAGACAACUUACUUGCCUUGGUAAUCAGUAUGAGGAAUGUCGUUUAAGCUGUGAAAAUGGAUGUAACAUGAAGUGUGACAGCAAAGUUAAAAAUUGCUACCAGACAUGUAUUGGUGACCUUGAAUGCAGUAGCAUCUGCCAUGCUUCAAAUUGUGUCUUUAAUGGAAACUUUGAACCUAUCACGUCCUCUGCUAUGGUUUGUAAAUUGAACUCUCUUGUGUCAGCAUUCAUUUCCUGUCUAAUGAUCAUCUUGGGUGGAAAACUCUAAAUGAAACAUUUGCUGCAUAUUUUAUCUAUAUACCGGUACUUCGAGAUUUUAUUCUUAAUCUAUAGGUAGCUAUUUAGUUUUUCUUAAGUGAAAGUAACUCAAUACUCUGCCUAUUUAACUGACAAUGUCUUCCAGCAUUUUUAAGCAAAAUAUCCAACUAGCGUGAAUAAUGCAUCAGUGAACUGGUUUUAACUUAUCUCUAAUUAAGUAUACAAACCUAUCAAUGGAUUUUUAUACUAUUACUGUAAUUUAGGGUUUAAUAGGCUAAUGAUGCAAGCUUCAUCAAUUCAUAUUGAUUAAUUUAGAUUGGGAUAUCACUACAUGGGGAAUUUUCACUUUUGUGACCUGUUCUAUUACCCUUAUUAUAUUAAUGGUUACAUUGAACCUUGUGUCAGUACAGGCCAUUAUACUUACAGUCGGGUUGUAUAGAAACUUUUUUGAAUGUUCAAGCUAGGCUUGUCACUCAAAGAUAUUCAUACUGAGUGAUCUUAACCUCAAAAUCUUAACGUUUUAGCUUUACUUAGUGCCUAAUAUAUGAUUAUUGUACCUAGUUUUAACCGUGUGAUUUUUAAUAUUAUUUUG